GCGUUUGGCAGUGAGUUGGUUCAGGCGCUACGAACCUGAUGUUCGCCUAAAAGAUCCACAAACAGGUUCGGAUCUGAAACUGAGGUGUAUCUGUCAGGUGUUCUGCCUGUGAGCAAUGAGAUCGAGGGACUUUUUUCUAUAGACGAACUGCAGCAGGCCACAAAACAAUGAAAGGUUGUAAAGCAAGGAAAAGAAAACCUAAACGAGCAUCUAAAGAGGAUGUCAUCACGAGCAAUAUCUCAUCACCAUCACAUGUAGAGGGGUCAGUUGUUGGUCCAAGUGAUGCUCUCUCUACUUCCUUAAAAAAAACACCAAAAAGAGCCAAGAGGCAAAGAGGGCAGAUCAAAAUAAUCGGUCUGACUUCCACACCGGUCCACGGCUCCUGCACUGUUUUAUCCGACAUUCCUCACCUCAGUCCCCAAAUAAGUGACGCGCAGCAGGAGUACAAAGAAACCACUAAUCCAAAGACACCAGAGGUAAAUUCACCGUGCUCCAACUCAAAAUCUCAAAGCAGAAAAAGGAGGGGUGGUUCUUCUAAGCCAAGACAAAUUGCACAAAAGGUAGCCAAGGAGCAGACUGAGGUCAGUGCACCUAAACGACGACGUGGGAGGCCACGGAAAUCUGAAACCGUAAAUUUAAAAGGAGAAACUGCAGUUCAGUCAGUCAAACGGUCGAGACCAAGAUUUGAACUGCCGGAUUCAUCAGAGCAAGAUGAGUCUCUGCUGUCUUCAGAUCUGUCCAUAGAGCUGAGUCACUAUGAAGAGCAGCUGCCUCGUUUGACCAUUCAGGAAGAUGAGAAGAGUGAUGAUGAGGAGGAAGAACUUCCAAGUUUUUUGAUGCAGACGGAUAAAAAGCCUUCAUCGAUCACAAAGGGAGUGUUUGUGUGGUGCAAAUUCAGAAAUUAUCCAUACUGGCCUGCAUGGGUGAAAAGUGUGAACCGUAAACAGAAAAAAGCCAGCAUCGUGUUUGUUGAUCAGGACUUCACAGGCAUUCAGAGAAAAGGGUUUGCUCUGGCUUUGAAAUCCAUGAAGCCUUUUGACUGUGAAGAAGCAGAUGAACUGGUGCAUACAGCCAAAGAAAUGUACAAUGCUGCCGUCAUGUGGUCCUUGGAACUUAUAGAGGACUACAGAAUCCGGAUUGCAUGUGGCUCAUUUUCUGGCUCCUUCAUUGAGUAUUUCAAUCAUGACAUGAGCUACCCAGUUCGGAGGACGUAUCCACAAGCGGCUUCAGAGAGACUAUCUAUUGCCAGUGAUACCACAAUUGAGGACCUUUGUGAUGAUCACGAGUAUCGCAUCAUUGAGAAAGAAGAAGACAUUUGCACGAGCACGAAGAGGCUGCUGCCUGACCGGACACACGCAGCCCAUAACCGUGCUAAUGAGAAGCUCGUACAUUUCAUUGUCAAGCAGCGCAUGGUGGAGCCCCACCUUCUGGCUGUGAUCCGUGGGCAGGAGCAGUCCAGAUGGCUUCGCGCUUUUCUGAAUGCCAAGCGGAGACGGGUUGUGAACCCAUACCUGGAAGAUGACCAGCAGCUGGACCAAGUCUACUGUUACCUAAACGAGCUCUACGCAACCACUGUGGCUAAGUCCCCUUGUCUAGCUGAGGUGAAACAAAUGGAUCAAGUCCCUUUUGUUCUGGAUGUCCUUCUACCUGAGGCUAUCAUCUACGCUAUUGCUGGGGUGGACAAUGUUUCAGUAAAAAAGGCAGAAGAAAAGUACCUUAAAGGACGAUGCAUCAGUAACCGAGAAAGGCAAGAGUUUGAUUUGAUGAUUGAACAACAAAUGAAGAGGAAACAAAGUCAGAAUACAGCGCUGGAGUUGUACUCAAACCCAGUCAUUUAG